AGGUACCAUGUUUCGCAAGAAGAAGAAGAAACGCCCGGAGAUCUCAGCCCCACAGAACUUCCAGCACCGUGUCCACACCUCCUUCGACCCCAAAGAGGGCAAGUUUGUGGGCCUCCCCCCACAAUGGCAGAACAUUCUGGACACGCUGCGGCGGCCCAAGCCUGUGGUGGACCCUUCACGCAUCACGCGGGUACAGCUGCAGCCCAUGAAGACGGUGGUGCGGGGCAGCUCUGUGCCCGUGGACGGCUACAUCUCAGGGCUGCUCAACGACAUCCAGAAGUUAUCCGUCACCAGCUCCAACACCCUGCGUGGCCGCAGCCCCGCCAGCCGGCGGCGGGCGCAGUCACUGGGGCUGCUGGGCGACGAGCACUGGGCCGCUGACCCAGACAUGUACCUCCAGAGCCCACAGUCCGAGCGCACCGACCCCCACGGCCUCUACCUCAGCUGCAACGGGGGCGCACCCGCAGAGGCCCGGCAGGCAGCCUGGCCCGAGCCCCAGAGCCCACAGGGCCUGCCCAGCCGGCUGGCCGCCAAGGCGCACUCCCUGGGCCCCACCGAGUUCCAGGGCUCUGCGCAGCGCUGCCUGCAGACUUCCCCCACGGCCGUGGGGCGGCGCGCGGCGAAGGCCGUCAAGCCUGGCCCCGAGGAGGCCCGGCCGCAGUCCUGCCUGGUGGGCUCGGGUGCCAGCAGGCCGGGCGGGGAGGGCAGCCACAGCCCCAAGGCCCAGGACAGCAGCCUCAAGCACAGGCUGUUCCGGAGUAUGUUCCUGUCCACGCCUGCGGCCGCCCCUCCCAACAACAAGCCAGGCCCCCCACCACACAGCAAGCCCAACUCCGCUUUCCGACCGCCACAGAAAGACUCCCCACCAAGCAUGGUGGCCAAGGCCCAGUCCUUGCCCUCAGAUCAGCCCGCGGGCACUUUCAGUCCUCUGCCCACCUCGGACACCAGCAGCCCCCAGAAGUCCCUCCGCACAGCCCCAGCCGCCGGCCCCCUCCCAGGCCGGUCUUCCCCGGCAGGGUCCCCCCGCACCCGGCACGCCCAGAUCAGCACCAGCAACCUGUACCUGCCCCAGGACCCCACGGUGGCCAAGGGCGGCCUGGCUGGUGAGGACACGGGCAUCGUGACGCACGAGCAGUUCAAGGCUGCACUCAGGAUGGUGGUGGACCAAGGCGACCCUCGGCUGCUGCUGGACAGCUACGUGAAGAUCGGGGAGGGCUCCACGGGCAUCGUGUGCCUGGCCCGGGAGACGCACUCCGGCCGCCAGGUGGCCGUGAAGAUGAUGGACCUCAGGAAGCAGCAGCGCAGGGAGCUGCUCUUUAAUGAGGUGGUGAUCAUGCGUGACUACCAGCACCUCAACGUGGUGGAGAUGUACAAGAGCUACCUGGUGGGUGAGGAGCUGUGGGUGCUGAUGGAGUUCCUGCAGGGCGGGGCCCUCACCGACAUCAUCUCCCAAGUCCGGCUGAAUGAGGAACAGAUAGCCACUGUGUGUGAGGCUGUGCUGCAGGCCCUGGCUUAUCUGCACGCCCAGGGUGUCAUCCACCGGGACAUCAAGAGUGACUCCAUUCUGCUGACUCUGGACGGCAGGGUGAAGCUCUCAGACUUCGGAUUCUGUGCUCAGAUCAGCAAGGAUGUCCCCAAGAGGAAGUCCCUGGUGGGGACCCCGUACUGGAUGGCUCCGGAAGUGAUCUCCAGGUCUCUGUACGCCACUGAGGUGGACAUCUGGUCUCUGGGCAUCAUGGUGAUUGAGAUGGUGGACGGAGAGCCCCCCUACUUCAGCGACUCGCCGGUACAAGCCAUGAAGAGACUCCGGGACAGCCCCCCACCCAAGCUGAGGAGCUCCCACAAGGUCUCCCCUGUGCUACGAGACUUCCUGGAGCGGAUGCUGGUGCGGGACCCCCAAGAGAGAGCCACAGCCCAGGAGCUGCUGGACCACCCCUUCUUGCUGCAGACAGGGCUGCCCGAGUGCCUGGUGCCCCUGAUCCAGCUCUACCGCAAGCAGACCUCCGCCUGCUGAGCCCAC